AUGUCCCCUAGGACCACCAAAAGCCCCAACCGCAAAGACGUCUGGGGUUACACCUUCGACUGGACUCCCUCCCACCUCACAGCCACUGACCUCCAAUCUCUCACCCUCUCCUACGACAAACUCACUAAUGACUGUCUCGACGAGUUCGACAAACUCGGUCUAACAUCCCCCUCAUCCUCCUCCGCUUCCUUCCGAGCAAAAAUCUCUUCCUCAUCCUCUAAACCACAACCCCAAAAUGGCGCCCCAACAGAAUGUCCCAUGUCCCAAACCGACUUCUUCACCCUCCUCGAAACCCACCACCACAAAUUCCCCUCCCUCUCUACUCUCUGGGACCAACUAACCACCGUGCCCGCCUGGGUCUCCUACGCCGCCAUCGCGCGCGGCCAAGCCGUCUUUUAUCGAUACGCCGGGCCCGCCGUUACUUCUCUCACCUUCCACUCGCUUUUGGGGGGAAUGGCUUCAGCGCGAGUAGUUGAGACUUUAGCCAGGACAGGCGGGUUCGGUACACGCGUGGCGAGACGCAGGCUGUUGGAGACGUUUCAGCACAUUUUGGAUGUGACCGAGGGGGUGGAAAGUAUGAAACCCGGUGGAAAGGGGUGGAAGAGUACGGUUCGGGUGAGGUUUUUGCAUGCGAGUGUUAGGAGGAGGAUUAUGAAUUUGAGUAAGAAUGAUGAGGAUAAGAAGAAUGAGGGUGAGGAUGAGAGUAAGAAAAAGGAUGGAAAUGGGUCCAUUGGGAAUGGGGAUACGAAGACGGGGAAAAGGUAUUACGACACCUCCAAGUUCGGAACCCCCAUAAACGACCUCGACAGCAUCGGCACCAUCGCCUCCUUUUCCUCAGCUCUAAUCUGGAUGGGACUACCCCGCCAAGGCAUCUUUUUGUCGCAACAAGAAAUCUCCGAUUACCUCCAUCUCUGGCGCUACGUGGCCUACCUUAUCGGAGUCCCAGACACCAUCACCUUGCCUGACGGGAGGACAGUCACCCCCUUCGGCACCCCCCACGAAGCAAAAACGGUCCUCGAAUCCCUCGCCCUCGCCGAACUCAACAACCCCAGCGAGACCUCAGCCGUGCUAGCCAACAACAUCAUCACCGCCCUCGCAAACCAGCCGCCGCUGCGCAGCUCGGCCUCGUUUCUCCGCGCGCAAGCGUACUGGUUAAACGGCUCCCGGCUAUGUCAAACCCUGCAGAUCCCCAAACCAAAAAUGUGGUACACGUUGUUGGUCAUCAGUCAGUGUUUGUUGUUUAUGUUUUUCUGUUAUUUACGGCAGGCACACUAUCUUUUGUUUGAUAGGAGGGUGCCAUGGGGUGGAGGUACCUCUGGUGACAAGGAGGUUGAGGUUGAGAUUGAGGUUGCUGGGCAGGAACGCUACAAAAGGGUGAGAAAACUGAUGAGACAUGUGACUGUUGAGAUGGCGGGCGGGAAAGAGGCGCAGUUUGUGUUUGAGUGGGUCCCCGAAAGGGGGAAGUAUACGACUUCUUUUGAUUCUGAUUCUGAUCCUCAUCAUGCCGGCGGUGGUGGUGAUGAUGAUGAUGGCAAGGAUAAUAAGACGGGAAUGAAGAACAAGAAGAGCUGGUGGGAAUGGAUUUCAGCCAGGUACGGCGGGUCGGAAUUUCGGAGUCUGAAGGCAUUUUUGGUUGCGAGUACGGUCGUGGGAUGCCUGGUUUGGGUUGGACUAAGGGGUUUGUUGUUGUCUGGGACGAUGCUUUUGUUUCGUCGAUGA